AUGGAUGUAACGGAUUCCCACAUACUGCUUAUUUUAUUGUAUUACUAUGUACAGCCAGUUGUAAAUAUUAGAAUCAAUCAUUUCGAAUGUCCAAGACGAUGCACCUGUGUUCCGGAUGUAGCUGAACAGGAUCGUUUUAUUAUAAGUUGUAAAUGGUCAUCAACAUCAACAUCAACAACAACAACAAUAACAUCCGAUAAUAAAUGGAAACAAGAAAUAUUCGCUCAAUUUCCAUUAAAUAUUACAAAAACUCUUAGUAUCGAAUGUGAUGACAAUGAUUCGCUAUCAAUAACAUCGAUUAUUUUUGAUGAAAAUUUAUUUAGCCAAUUUAAUAAUUUACAACAUUUACGAAUACAGAAAUGUCGCACACAUGCUUUUCCUAAUUCGUUACUACAUAAACUCAGUAAUUUACGAUCGGUAUAUUUUAAUCAAUUAAAUGUUCCGGAUAAAAAGCUCAUUUUGCCGGAUCAAUUUUUCCUGAAUAAUAAACGAUUGGAAAAACUCACUAUUGUGGACUGUAAUUUGGAAGCUUUACCUGAUACAUUACUCUGUGAUAGUCCUUAUAUUCAGGUGAUAAAUGUUUCACAUAAUUGGUUACGAAGUGCUCGUUUAAGUAUCAAUGCCGAUGAUGUUAAUAGUGAUAAUAAUGAUAACAGUGCUGGCUCAUUAGUUAAAUGUAACAAUAAAGCGGAACAAUUGAUAAUCGUCGAUUUGAGCUAUAAUCAAAUUCGAUCAAUUACUGAUAAUGAUUUAACACAAUUUGUUGCAAUACGACAACUUUUAUUAGCCAAUAAUCAAAUUAGCUUUAUUAGUCGUAAUGCAUUAAAAGCUUGCGCACUGCUACAACAAUUACAUAUUGGAAAUAAUAAUAUCGAAGAGUUACCUAUUAUGCCAGAAACAUUAAUUCAUUUGGAUAUUGCCUGGAAUCAUUUAAGUAUUAUUCCAUCAACAAUAGCUAAUCUACCAAAUUUAUUAUUUUUGAAUCUCAGUGGAAAUGCCAUCGAUGCAAAUACUCCAUUUCCUAUUAUUAGUACAACAUUAGAAACGAUUGAUCUCAGUCGUAAUCGUCUUGAAUUUAUCCCAGAAAAUUUAUUUUUGCAUUGUUCUCAACAAUUGCAACAUUUAUCACUCAGUUAUAAUCGGAUUACACAAUUGGAACCAUUAUUUUUUCAAAAUUAUUCAAAUUUACUAGUGCUUGAUCUUAGCUCCAAUCGAAUAGCAGAAAUUGAAGAAGAGAAUUUACAAGGUUUAAUAAGUCUAACUCAUUUAUAUCUAUUCAAUAAUUCAAUUUAUCAAAUUGAUAUGGGUACAUUUGAAACAACACCACAACUACAAGAAUUACACCUCGGUAGAAAUUUACUAAUCGAAGUACCAUUUGCAUUGGGACGUUUAUUCAAACUUCGCUACCUUGAUUUAUCAAAUAAUCAAAUCAGGUAA